GGGGCAAGAAAAAAAGUGCCGUGAACCCAAAACAUAUAAAGAUUCAUUUGUUAUUGCCAUUUUUCCUUUUCUUGCUUGUUUUCUCAUUUGCCUUUUUUACUUACUUUCUUUCAUUUCUUCAAACUCCUUUUUUUUACACUUUUUUACCACUUCCUUCACUUUUAGACAAUCUAUAAUGACUUCCUCUAUUUCCCUCAAAGGCUGGCUUAAUAAACAGAAACACGGAGUAUGCAAAACAUUUGUACGGCGGUAUUUUGUGUUAGAGGGCCGUGAACUUCGGUAUUACAAAAACGAGAGCGAUCCGAUUCCACAAACCAUUAUCGACCUCGACCAUUACCACAUUAUAUCUAAUGCACCCGCGAAAAAGUCAUCACAACGACUCCACACAUUUCUUCUGUUAUCCAAUGAUGAGCAGAAGCAAGAACGACCGGAUUACGUGUUGCAGGCCGAUUCUGAAGAAAACAUGCACUUGUGGAUUUCGCACCUGCAAGAGGAAGUAAUCAACUCCACCAGCGUCCUUGAUAAAUGGUUGAAGAGACUGGAUAUGCAUACACCGGCGCCAUUACCAUCAACGCCAUUAUCACCGCCAUUAUCCUCAUCUAGUUGUCAGAAGCAACCAAUGAACAGUCAAUCAUAUGCGUCCCUGUUGUCCCCGAAACCUCGUGUUCUACGCAGCCAACGAUCAGCAGAAUCGAUUAGUAGUUGCCACAGUCUCAGUUCCUCAUCGGCUUCCUUCUUCUCCACAUCGUCCCUGAACGAUCAACCGGGCCGUCGGCCUUCUAAUCACUCGAUGCACAGUCUCAGUAGUACAACAAGCAGUUCCUCAUCUCGCUUUUUUUCAGCUUUCAUUCCUCAUUGGUCAAGGAAGUCAACUUCUUCAUCUUUAUCAUCUUACUCAAUUCCUCGAUCGACAUCGCCCGUCACGGUUAUGGAUAAAGAAUCUGGAACCUCAUCUCUGCUCCAUUCUUCUAUGCCGUCUUCGCCGCCUGUCAUGGCAUCCAUUAUUCAUCCAAGCGAAUAUAACCACGAUGAUGAUCCUCAGGAACGUUUGCAACAACGCUUACACCUUGAACAGAUGCAUGAACAGUCCAUGCUGUCUCCGUCUUCCUCCUCCUCUUCCUUGAGCUCGCAACAACAAGCUCAUAUGGCCGCUUCCCGUACAGACAUCCUGCAUCAGUCCAAUUUGUACUACAUCUCCCCAACAAGCAUCCGAAGCAGAUCAUGCUGAGUCUGUCGCUGUCAAACGCUCAUUAUCGCUCUUGCGCUCAACCCUUGUCUAUCGUAGAUUCCAUUACAAUUUCUCUUCUUCGGACCCUCCUCCCUUAAAACCUUGAUAUCGUCCUCCUAUUGCUCAUUUCUCUGCCAUUAAUUGCUUUUUAUAUGCAUUUUGUCUUUUUUAGUCUAUAGCUUCCUUUUUGUUUAUUUUGAUAUUAUUGCCCCUUCUAGAUACCUGUGUACAUACACGAACCAUACCUUGUCCAUGACAUCAAAAUUUUUUGCCCUUAUUUUUUUAUUUCCCGUUUUGACGCGUGAUAAUAAUAAGAUUCGAUUAUGACAAUAUUA